AUGGCUGAAAAAUCUAAUGAAAAUCCAAGUGAUGCAACUGGUAAACAGGAAGAGAAGCCAUCUGGUAAUUGGUGGGACUCCUGGCUGACAUCAGCCAAGAGCAAGUCUGCUGAAGUAUACUCCAUGGUGAAGAAAGAUUUGGAUGAAAUUGGUUCGGCGGUCAAGAGUGAAGCAAGCCAUGUCUUCAAUUCUACAUCGACGGUCAUUGGAAAAACUUUAAAGCUGGAUGAACCAGAAUCGCCAGCUAAUGCAAUGAAGAAAAGCUUUAGUACUUUUAUUGGUCAAGUAAGCACAGUAUUGAAUCCGGAACCAGAUGACGAAGACGACACAGAAGUUAUCCUGUCAUCUGGGGAUACUACUAUGCUCUCUACUUACAAGAAAGAACUAGAAUCCCUCCAGCGAGUAGACGCAACGUACAUAGUGCCAGCUGACAGCCCCCAUUUUGAGGCAUGGCGUGAGAGUUUGGAAAGCGAAGAGGUCAUUACACCGAUGGCAGCUGUAAAACGACUAGAGAACAGCCCCAUACUAAAAGCACAGUAUGAAAAACUCGUACCUGAUGCUGCUUCACACGAAGAAUUUUGGGAAAGAUACCUUUUCCGUGUGGCUUUGUUACAAGAUCGCUUAGCGGCCGCGUCACGCAAACAACCACAAGCGGAGACGGCCCCUAGCGACGAUCCCGUCUUAGCCCAUCUUCCCCAACCGGAACCUAUACAGACGAGUCCUAAAAAAGUACUCUCUGGUAUAACUUCCGAAACCCCCGACAUAGACAACGUCACCUGGGAAGAUGAAGAUUUUGCAAAUGACGUCGAACUAACGGAGGAACAGCAAAUUUUACUUCUAGAAGAAUACGAAAAAGAGAUAACAACGAAAAAGCAAAAGCAAACGUCACCGAAAGACGUCUCCAACAAUAACGCCGAGUCACCCAAGAAAACAAGAGACAACGGAAUCACCAUAGAUAAUAAUAAAAAUAAAUCACCCAAAAAGAAUAAAGCCGACGAAUGCGGGAAUUUAGUUGAAGACUAUUUCGGUGAUAAGGACAAAGUUAUACGGGACGACGCAAGCGCAAAUUCCGACGAAAGCUGGGAAAAGGAGUUUGAAAUUGAUGAACCAGUGGCUCCGAAGGCCUGA